GUGCCCCAAAAUUGUUGCACGCCACCUGUUCGCUCUUUUGCCACAGCAAAGGUCAGUACCCAAGAUUUCGACUUGAUUGAUGCUUUCUAGAGAAAGGAUCAAGCGCCCAAUUGCUUGUCAUUCUUGUUCUUGAUUCUGUGCCAAUGAAUUUCAAACGCUUCUUGCCUUCCACGAGCCUGUUCAACCAUCUAACCCAGCAAGCUCGCUUCUUUGUCCGCGAACCAUUUCCCAACAAGCUUACCCAGUACCUCUGUCGAGCCGAGCUUAUCGACUCAAUUCGUCUCGCUCUCCGUUCCAGCUCAGGGAAUUCUCUUCCUUCACUUUUAAACACUCGCCUUCUCGACUCCUUCGUUGUUACUCAGGCGCUCCGUUGUGCUCCCUCUGCCGAUUCUGCUUUGUCAUUUAUGGAGGUUCUCAAGACAGUCACACAUUUCGAGCAUUCUCAAAAUACCCUUCAUGCCCUUGCCACAGUUCUUUCCAAGUUCAAGCGAAAUGCUGAACUAAAAUCUCUUAUUGGUGCCAUUUUUGCUGGGAAGUUUAACAAUGUUCGUGUCAGCUUUAUGAACCUCAUGCAGUGGUAUGCUGCAGCCGGGGACCUUGAUGCGGUUUUAAGUACGUGGGAUGAGUAUAGGCGUGCAGAGAAGCGUGUGUGCACUGAAUCUUACAACAUUGUCAUGCAUCUUUAUGUGCAGAUGAGCAAGAAUUUUGAGGCAGUGGAGGUUUUUCAUCGAAUGAUUAAUGAAGGGGCAAUUCCAAAUUGUAGGACAUACACUGUUAUAAUUGAGCAUCUUAUUAGUUUAGGGAAGCUGGAUUCAGCUAGGGAGGUUUUCAGUAUGAUGCCACUAAUGAGAAUCAAGCGAACUUUGAAACAGUUUUCAGUUCUGGUGGAAGCAUUUAUUGGUGCAGAAAGGUUUGAUGAGGCAAAAUCUUUGCUUAUAGAAAUGAGGGAUGAUGGGAAGUUUCCUAGCCGAACAAUGCGUCCAUCUUUGCAAAGGAUGAAGGAAGCGGGAUAUGUUGAGGAAACAGAAGAGUUUCUUAGAGAAAUGUUGCCUGAUGAGAGGAUUGGGAAUGUGGGUUAUUGUGAAGAUAGUAGUGAUGAGGAUGGGGAUGAGGAUGGUGGUGAUGAUGGAUAUGUUGAUGGGAUUAAAUUGAAACCAUGGUUGGACCCAAAAGCUUUAGCUAGUGCCUUGAAACAAUGGAACUAUGAAGUGGUAGCUACACUGGAGAGUGUUAAUUUUGUGUGGACUACUAGAAUGGUAUGCAAGGUUCUUAGGAAUUUCAAUUCAGCUGAAACAGCUUGGAAUUUCUUCUGUUGGGUUGCCUCUCAGCCUGGAUUCACUCAUGAUGUUUACACAGUGGAAAGAAUGAUAACCCUCUUGGCACGCCAUGGACAUGCUGAAAUGGUUGAUAAACUUCUAACCAAAGUAAGAAUGGAGGGAAUGAGAUUGUCUUUUAGCACCAUCAGAUUACUUAUUGACUUCUAUGGUAUUUCGAAGAAUGCUGAUGCUGCCCUAAAGGUCUUCCAAGAUGAUAGAGCACUUUGUGGUCCCAUAUCAAAGUUCAAUCUAAUGCUUUUAUACUCUUCUCUCUUGAGAACAUUAACCAAGUGUCGGAGGAAUCAGGAUGCUCUGGAUGUACUUGAAGAAAUGAUCUUAAAUGGAAUUGUCCCAGAUAUCCAAACUUUUUCCGGGUUGAUAUAUCACUUUGCACUACAGGGAGAUAUUAGAACUGUACAGAAACUUUUUGCAUUGGUUAGGCAGAGUGGCGUGGAGCCAGAUGCCUACAUAUAUAAGGUAAUCAUUCAAGCUUAUUGCAAGUGUCAGAGAGCAGCACUUGCAUGGAGGGUUUUUGAAGACAUGAUGAACUCAAAUUUGAUGCCUGAUUUUGCCACAAAAGAGUUGCUUCUUAAGAGUCUUUGGAAUGAAGGGCGGCGAAGAGAGGCUGCUGCAGUAGAAGAGAGUUGUGACCAGAUAAACGAAGUCCUUCCACUUGUAUUGCGUGGUCACAUAUGGACAGUUAGCUCUGCAGAUCUCAUGAGAGUUUAUAACAUUUAUGCUACCAGUUGUAAAUCAGACACUGCUUAGAAUUCAGCAAUUAUUUUCUUUAGAGCAAGAUACUGGGGAACAGUUUUACAAACACUGAUCUUUUGGUUUUUACUGUUUAACUCCUUCCAUUGUCUUUUCUGAUUUAUCCAGAUACGCUAGAUAUAUAUAGGUUAGUGUGUGUAUCAAUAUUGACUUUCAAAACAAUCGGAGUCUCAAUCUAUAUUUGAAAACUGAAAUUUCAUCAUAUUAAAUGUUAAUAUCUAGA